UCCUCCGGAAUCCAACACCAACAGCCAGCACAGCUCGGUCGACCGAGAAGUCGCCAGAGAAAAUGACGGCGGCGGUGGCUAUCACCUCCUCCCUUCUCUUCCGCCCUCCCGUCGCCGUCCGUUCCCUCCCUUCGCCGCCUCGUCCCCAUGAUGUACCCUGUCCCAGAAGCAGCCGACGUCGCCCCGCCCUCCUUUGUUGUUCUGCUGUGUCCGAGCUCGCGCCCGCCGCCUCAGCCGCCUACGGCGCCCUCCUCCUGGGCGGCGGCGCCUUUGCAUAUGUGAGGUCGGGGAGUAAAGGCUCCAUCUUUGGAGGACUGUCCGGAUCUGCGCUUAUGGGCAUUUCUUAUUAUCUGAUGCAAUCACCUGACACAAAGGCGAUAGGUGACGCUGUUGGAUUUGGAUCUGCCUUUUUGUUUGCCAGUGUUUUUGGUAUAAGGCUGUACAAUACCCGGAAACUGGUGCCCUCUGGCCUUCUUCUAGUUCUUUCACUUGGUGCCUUGGUCGUCUUUUAUUCUGCUUACUUGCAAGACAAGGUGUAAACAAAUUUGAUUUGGCAGUCGAACAUUUUGUGCUAACUGAACCUUCCUUGAAGGUUAUCUUUAUUAGAUGCAAAAUUUUGAACCAA